GUUGAGUAUUUUAACUAUACAUUUUUCAGAAUUGGACAAACUACACAGCAAUACUGUUAUUACCUGAGAAAAGGAGAAGAAAGAGGAAGAAUUUUCAACACUUUUUCUCUCAAUUUUCCCUCUCUUCCUCUCUCCUCCGUGACAGCUACUACCAUUGCAGAACUGGGUCGAAGAACAAAUUCAUAUGUAAACCAAAAUUCUGAAGUAAAAAAACCCCGGAUUUUAAAAUGGGUAAUAUGAUGGGUUGCUUUGGAAGAUCCACCACCCCAGAUUUACUCCCUGAAAUUCUCACUCCUAAUACUUCUUCAGGAAUUUCAGGUAGAAAUGCAUCAGGAAAAGGGUAUUCAGAAAGCAGUAGUUCAGGGUAUAGUGGGUUUUCCUUUGGAGAUCAGCUUAGUGUUGGGGAAACAUCACCCAGUGGAGAAUUAUUGGAAAAACCCAAUUUAAGGAUUUUCAGUUUUGCGGAAUUAAAGAAUGCUACUAAGAAUUUUAAGUCUGAAACACUUCUGGGUGAAGGAGGGUUUGGAAGGGUUUACAAGGGUUGGAUUGAUGAGAAGGGUAGUGUGACUUCUAAAAGUGGGUUGAAACUUGCUGUGGCUAUUAAGAAGUUGAAUUCUGAGAGUAUGCAGGGUUUUGAAGAAUGGCAGUCGGAGGUGAACUUCUUGGGAAGGCUGUCCCACCCCAAUCUGGUUAAAUUGUUGGGAUAUUGUUGGGAGGAUAAGGAAUUGCUUCUUGUGUAUGAAUACUUGCCGAAAGGAAGCUUGGAAAAUCAUCUAUUCAGAAGGAAUACCACCGUGGAACCACUCAGCUGGAACAGGCGGAUGAGCAUAGCUUUGGGAGUAGCUCGAGGCCUAGCCUUUCUGCAUAAUUCAGACAAACAAGUGAUAUAUAGAGAUUUCAAAGCUUCAAAUAUACUUCUUGAUGUGAAUUAUGAUGCAAAGAUAUCAGAUUUCGGUUUAGCUAAACUGGGGCCAUCUGUUGGAAACUCGCAUGUGACAACCAGAGUCAUGGGCACCUAUGGGUAUGCUGCUCCAGAGUAUGUUGCAACAGGUCACUUGUAUGUGAAUAGUGAUAUAUAUGGAUUUGGAGUUGUGCUGCUUGAGAUGUUAACUGGGUUGCGAGCAGUUGAUUUGAACCGACCAAAAGGGCAGCAAAAUCUUGUAGAAUGGAUGGGACCUUAUCUCUCCAACAACAAAAAGUUGAGAAUCGUCAUGGAUUCACGCCUUGAGGGUCAAUAUUCGCUCAAGGCAGCAUUUGAAUUGGCUCAACACACUUUAAAAUGUCUCCGGGUAGAUCAUAGAACUCGCCCUAGCAUGAAGGAGGCGGUGGAAGUGCUACAAAAAGUUGAAGCCAUCAAGGUCAAAGAAAACAGAGGACGCCCUGGAGAAAAAUCUCCAUCCAAUGAUAAAAAAUCUGAUAAUUCUCGACGUUCUCCUUACCAUCCACGACACCGUGACCCAAGGACAAGGAUGGAAUCUCAGUCACCGAAAGAGCGGUAAAACUGCACAGUACAAUGUAAGACAAGAGGUUUGCUCAUGAAAUUCCCGAAAUACAUAAUGGGUUCUUUUGUUAAUGAGCAAUUUGUUUGCCAUGUCGAGCGAUUUUUAUUGUUGAUCUUGUCAAAUCAUGUUGUAAAUUGUUUGGUUAAUGGAUAUGGGGCUAAUUUAUGAGAUAAAGGCUACUCGCCCUGCUUAUCUUCAAGCUAUUAAAUGAUUGUCUAGUAGUUUAUCUUAUUUAGUUUGCCUAGUCGUCUAAUUCAGCUUCACUUUUGUAUAUCCAUCCAGUGAUUUUCAUAUGAUUACAUGAUUCGUAAUUCACUGUAAUUGCUCGGUGAAUGUAAGUGUGUAUGUACAUGAUUCGUAAUUCACUGUAAUCGCUUGAUAAUUA